UGAUGUACCCUACUGAGCCGUUCAGCACCUAUGUAUGCACCCAAGAGCACAUAAGACUCCAUCGUAUUAUAAUAACCUGCAGUAUUAUUUCAUCGGCUUCAAUAGCAAAAUUUUGAGCAGGACUAACUGAUCUCGCUGGACGAUCUUGUUUUAGUUGCUUACGCCGGUUUUGGAUAAACGCCUACAACUACAAGUUACAACUUUAAAAUACGCUGUGUUUCAUCUCUGACUAUGGAUCUCGAAAAAUAUGCGAGCUAUAUUGGAGGUACUGCAGGACUGGUUGGGAUUGGUGCAGCUACAGCUGCCAGUGCAUUGUAUCUUGCAACCAGACCAAGCCCAAUCGUUCCACUGAUUGAUUUGAAUAGGCAGUCAUUAGAAAUGUCGGAUGGGUCAAAUAUUUCACGGUUCUGCAGUCGAGAUGGGAAGCUUAUACGCUACCUGUUUGAUGAUGGAAAGACUCUGCAUGAGUGUUUUAAAAGAGGGGAGAGGGUCUCACAAAAUGGACCAGCGUAUGGCUACCGGGCAGAAAAAGAUAGUCCUUAUAAAUGGCUAUCGUACAGUGAAAUUCUGACACAUGCAACAAACCUUGGAUCUGGUCUGAUACAAAAAGGCCUAGCUCCGCGACCAGCAACAUUCAUUGGCCUGUAUUCGCAGAACAGAAUAGAGUGGGUGGUGACAGAGCAAGCUUGCUAUAUGUACUCAAUGGUGAUUGUGCCAUUGUAUGAUACCUUGGGACCAGAUGCUUGCAGUUUCAUCAUUGAUCAAGCUGAGAUCGGCACAGUGAUCUGCGACACAGAACAGAAGGCUGAGCGGCUGAUCAGGGAUGCUAAGCAGACGCGCUCCCUCCAGCGCAUUGUGCUCAUGUGCACUGUGUUGCCAGCGCUCGCCGAGAAAGCCAAGCGUGCGCAGGUGGAGUUGCUCAGCUUCACUGAGCUGCAGCAGAUCGGCCGCGAGAAGCAACACAGCCCCGUGCCAUGCAAGCCCCAAGACUUGGCAACCGUUUGUUACACGAGUGGAACCACCGGGACACCAAAGGGUGUCAUGUUGACACAUGAGAAUGUUGUUUCCUGUUCAGCAGCAUGCCUCCUGCAUCUGGGCUCCCUCAUAACGGAGUGUCGUGAAGUAAUGAUAUCAUAUCUUCCAUUGGCCCACAUGCUUGAGAGAAUUGUGCAGUGCUGUGUGUACAGCAUAGGAGGCUGCAUUGGAUUCUAUAGGGGAGACAUCAAGUGCUUGCUGGAUGAUGUCAAAGAGUUAAGACCUACAAUAUUCCCUGUUGUGCCACGCCUUCUCAACAGAAUUUACGAUAAGGUGCUGCAAGGUGUGAGAGGCAGUAGGUUCAAGAGCAUGCUUUUUCAUCUCGCACUCCGGGCAAAGCUUGCAGAAAUGAAACGGGGAAUCAUACGCAACAACAGCAUCUGGGACAAGCUUGUGUUCAGCAAGGUGCAGGCGAUGAUGGGCGGGCGCGUGUCCUUCAUGGUCACUGGCUCAGCUCCCGUAGCAGACAAUGUUCUCUCCUUCAUUCGAUGUGCGGUCGGCUGCGCUGUGUUAGAAGGUUACGGACAGACAGAGUGCGUGGCUCCAUGCACACUCACCACGUACGGCGACAACACUCCUGGACACGUCGGGCCACCACUGCCUUGCAACCAAAUCAAGCUGGUCGAUGUGCAAGAGAUGGAAUACUUUGCACAUGAAGGCAAGGGCGAGGUGUGUAUUCGAGGACCUAAUGUGUUCAUCGGCUACUUUCGUGAUCCACGCAAGACUGCAGAAGCACUGGAUGAGCAAGGCUGGCUUCAUACAGGGGAUAUUGGAGAGUGGAUGCCGAAUGGAACUCUGAGGAUUGUCGACAGGAAGAAGCACAUCUUCAAGCUUGCGCAAGGAGAGUAUGUUGCUGCAGAAAAGAUCGAAAAUGUGUACCACCGGUGCCCUCUAGUGGCACAAAUCUACGUUCAUGGGGACAGCUUGAAGUCAUGCUUGGUGGGUAUAGUUGUGCCAGAUCCGGAUGUUUUACCAAGGUUUUCCACGCAGAAUGGCAUUGAAGGGGAGAACAUGCACGAUUGGUGCCAGAACAAGGACAUAAAGAAAAUCAUUUUUAAUGAUUUGAUCUCUGCUGGCAAGGAAGCUGCAUUGUGCUCAUUUGAACAGGUGAAGGAGAUAUAUCUUCACCCUGAGCUGUUCUCUGUAGAAAACAACCUUCUGACUCCAACCUUCAAGAGCAAACGUCCUGCACUGGCUCAAUUCUUUAGACCUCAGAUCGACACCAUGUACAGCAACUUGGAAUGAUGGUGUUACGCUGCACAGUGUCAGGAGAGUGAAGAAUUGUGGGGUCAUGUAAAGUAAAUAGUACUUAGAUACAUCAUGCUAGGUUAGUAUGCAGCAUAUUCUAAUUAUCAGAAGCUCAAUAUAACACAUCUGUUAUGAUGAGCUUCUAUAAUCAUGCACUGUACACUCUGGUGUUGUGGAGAUGCACAUCCACCUUGGCCAACAUGGCUGGCUAUAUGAAUAUAGAUCCAGCAGGGAUAGUGUACAGCAUACUAUGUACAUGUAGAUCCAGCAGGGAUUGUGUACAGCAUACUAUGUACAUGUAGAUUCAGCAGGGAUUGUGUACAGCAUACUAUGUACAUGUAGAUCCAGCAGGGAUUGUGUACAGCAUACUAUGUACAUGUAGAUCCAGCAGGGAUUGUGUACAGCAGGGUGUAUAAUAGUAUGUAUACACGUAUGGAUACUAUAUAUAACACUCAGCUAGAUAGUUGUACAGCAAGCUGUGAAGAUUUACAACACACACUCAUACAUUCAUGCAGGGUGAUGUACAAGAGAAUGUAAUGAUGUAUAGCCUUGUACUGAUGUGCUUGAUUGCUAAUGUGAAGUUUAUUGUGAUGUGUAAUAGUAAUGGGAAACUUUAUCCAAUUCAUUGUAAUUGUUAUUAUACGAGACAAGUUGCGUUCAUGUUCACAAUGAUGGAAAAGUUCAAUUUAAUAGAUGUGGAAAUAAUUAGCAAAAGUACAUCAGUAACAUCAAAUAUAUCACUACUAAACGUAUAACACUCACAAUCCAUUAGAAUUGCCCUAUUUCAAAGCUAUCUUCUAAAGCUUGUCAUCAAAAUCCAUGUUUGUGGCAAUUUCAAUUUUUGAAUUUCUUUAUUAACGUGCCCUUUUAAGAAUGCACGUUUUCAGGCUGCCAAAAUGGGUUAAACUUAAUGUUUUAUUCAUUUUAGUAGUAUAAUAUUCUCAAUAACCUCGUGAAUUUAUGUAUACAUGUACAGGUUGACUGCCAAAUUUCCGGCAAUUGUUAGUCCGGCAGUUUUACACUGAUUCAAUUUUACCGCACAUACUCCAUCUGUAGUGUGCCGAGUCAGAACUAUGUCUCCAAUAUUUAAUUAUGAUAUCUUAUACAGACACAUCUGCAUUGUUUUAUAGCAGCUAAGGGUGCUUGAGAGUUGUUGCGUGAGCUGUCUAUUAGACCUCUGAUGGUCUGCAAAAACCGCCGCUGCAGUAUGGCUCUGCAUGGUCUCCAGGAUGCGAUAAUAUCAGGAGUGUAUCAUAUAUAGAUCUGUAUUAUACACUCCUGCUAAUAUCAGUGGUCGGCCUGUACUUAAAUUCAUUGUAACAUGUAUGUAAUAUAUAUGUGCUGGUUAUACUUGUAUGUAUAUGCUUGCAUGUAUUGUUUCUGGACGUGUAACACUUAUUUUGCGUGUACAAUAAACUCUAAGUAACUUUGGUUACCUGAUUAUUUAGAGUGUGUAUUAACGUAAACAUAUCUAUAUAACGAACGUUCAAGCGCACUAUGGAGUGCAUUCCUGCACCCAUGCCAUUUCCGAUUUUUUGGAAGUUAACACCAAUGUGCAACUCUUGACAAAAUCUUUGUUCAUUUGUUCAAUGAUUCUCAAAAUAGCAUCCAUCAUGUAGCACAAACACAGCAGACCCAUGCCGCACCAUUUUCACAUCCUAGCAUAAUAAUAUAUGAAACUGUGACUUGAUCCUAGUCUUUAGUGUUAUUAAGUUGAAUGGUACAAUUAUUGAUAAAAAAUAUAACAAUGUAUAUUAUAAAUAUAUCUAAUUACUCCAUAGUGUCUCAUUGUUACAUAUUUAAAUUAUAAAAUUUGGAACUAUGUUGUAACCUUUGGUACAUAGAAACCAGACUCGUGCUACCGUGUGCUGCGUUUUUCUGCUAUCUAGUGGCAAUUUUUGAAAAAUGUUGAAAUUGCUUAUAUUGCAUAAACAAGCCCGUAGUGCGCUUGCGCGCUCAUUCCAUAGAUAUUUUCAUGGUAUCGUGGGAUGGCAGUGCAUGGCUUUACUGGUCCGCCUGCAACCAGAGUGGAACUAGACUAAACUGCUACAUGAAUGAGUAUAUUUGCAUAUAACAUGAGUAUUGCAAAUGUAUACUUAGAUGUGAAAUAGACUGAGCUGCAGGCUGGUUGUAAAAACAUCCAGUGAUCAGCGGUGAUUCACUCGUCUGUAAGUCAUUAUAAACUCGUGAUCCUUUGUAGAUUUAUUUGUUGCUCCAACUUCCUCCCUUGUUUAAGUGUGGUGAGAACAAUGUUUGAUAUGUUUGUGCAAUUAAUCGUGCAUGAUGUAAGUGGCGGUACCGUUAUUAUUGAUGAACAAGACCAAUCCUGAAGUUCUGAAUAUUCCAAUGCUAUAAGUGAUCUGUAUGUUUUGGGUGAUAGCUAUAUUAAUUAUUCAGUAGGAAAAGCGACCAUAUACAAUCAUAUUGGCACUGGCUUGUUAUACACACCAGAUUUGAUGAUACAAGGUAGUUCGACAUGGUUGAGAAUCAAUUACACCAUGAAUGAGGUGAAUCGGCAAUAUUUUUAAUAGCAUUGUUGGAUUGAAUGGUAGUGAUGUUUACAUUUUAAAUUUUACCUCGUCAAAGAUUACUAGUCAUUCGCCUUGGGACAAGUGUCAAUAAUUUGAAGUAAAAAUGUUUGAUUUCAUCUCCAUUUAGUUAAGUUAAGAAUCUAUGCAAUGAUGCUGGCGUGUCAGGCGGCGUACGAUUUCAAAAAGGCGUGCACUUAUCGUUUAUCGUGUUCAUAUUAUAGAGGUGUUGAUAUAGUGUGCAUCGUAGUUGCAAGUAGUUGCAUCGUAGUUGUGGUCAGAUUGACAGAGAGAAUUUUAAUGGCACGGUCUGAUCGAAAGGCUAGCUAAGAAACACUGACUUAUUGUACUUUGGUACGUGAGUUCUGCAUUUUGCGGCCACGUGAAGAAUAUACAUACGGUUUGGUGUGGACUUUUUCCCCUCAGGAAUAGGGCUAAGUGCCGCUGUCGUGGCUCUUUCAUGAUAUCCGUGAGUAAAACCUCGUAUUGGUUUCACUGAGAAUGACCAUCGAAGUUAAAAUUGAAGGUUAAAACUUUAUUUAAAAAGAUUGAGGAGCCUAAGAUUUUCGUAUUUAUAAUUCACAUUCUUUAGCCGACAUCUGGCAAAUUGUAUGCUUUUUUUUGCAGUGCAUGUAUGUAGGCAUUGAUAUAAACCGAUUAUUUUGAUAUUGGGUGCUGGUGUUGUUAGCGUGGUCAGGCAUCGCUGUAGUGGGAUUGUUCCCUGUUCAUAUUACAAAAAUGAAGCAUCCGGCGGGACACACUAGGCGAUUUUAUUGGGCGACUAAAUCGCGGUGAAAUCGCCUAGUGUGUCCAGUCAGUCGCCGCCGAUUUAGUCGCCCGAUUUAAUCGCAUAGAUCAAACCGUUUUGAUAUUAUCGGGCGAUAUUAUCAGGCGAUUAAGUCGCCCCAUAAAAUCGCCUAGUGUGUCCACUCGACUCGCGCGGUAAAAUCGGGCGAUAUUAUCGGGCGAUGAAGUUGCCCGAUUAAAUCGCCUAGUGUGUCCGGCCCUUUAGGGCGAUCGUAGACCUGCGUGUGAAUUGCGACACAGGAGGUGAAUUUCCAAAUGAAAACCAUUAGAAUGUUUCUAGUGCACAGCAUCCUAUAUAGUUUAGCAAUGUUAGCGUAGCGAGGAGAGAGUACGGUAGAAGUCAUCUUGUUGUGAUCUAUUUUAUUUAUGUCUUAUAAUUGUGUAAGCUUUUUCUAUUUUGCAAUUGUAGAAACUAGGUCGCAAGUCUAGAUAGAGACGCACAUAUAUGCUGGAAUUAUUAGUAAUUAUUAAGUUACAGUGAGUUUCACUCUGUUUCAGACUAAUUUAUUAUUGGAAUUAUAGGUAGUUGUAGAGUGCUAUUUUCUCCAAUAUGAUAUACUAUUCAGUAAAGUUUGCAGCUGUUCUAAAUCUGUCUUGUUAUAAGGCAGGUGACGGAUUAACUUACCGACAGAGCGUGAGCAUGACGUAUUCCAUUGCUGCGGGGUUUUACCGGAUGCGAGUAUAAACUUUAUCACUCAUUAUUACGACUGUUGAUUAGAGAUGAUGCAAGCCAAAGUUAUCUACGGCCAAAGAUACGUUCGCUGUAUGUGUUCCUGUGUUUAUCCUGCAAGCACCCAGAGUUACAUGUUACCCGCAAGUAUAACCCGUUUAGCACCGGCACUUUUACUUUUCGGAGGCCUUAACUAUGUGCUGGUCAUUCAUUGCUAUCACACGCAGGACAAUCCGGUGUCAGGCUGUCAGCCGUAAAAAUAAGCCUGAAAUUUUAUAAUACUUGUAUGACAAUUCACAAUACUGCGUAAUAUGUGAGAGAUCGUCGGUGUUUUAAUUUAAUAAUUAGUACUUUGUUGUGAUAUACCUAUGUACGUGCAUAAUAACGUAUAUUCGUAGGCUGGACAAUUAGUACGAGGCAAGCUACCUAUAGUGAUUGUGUUUCGGGCUCAGACUCUGUAAUUCUAAAUAUGAAAGUGGCCGCUAACCUUAGCAGCAAUAUUAUUUUAGCCUUCCAAGACGUGAAAGAACUCGCUGUCGAGUGCUUCCCUUGCGUUAUUAUGGCUUCACCGUAUUGCACUAGACUGGCGCGCGUAAAUUCCUAUAACGUAUAACUAGACGGAUGUGCAUUUUGAUAUUAGAUGAGCUAAUGUAGACUAUCAGGUCUCAUGCUACUGUGUAUGGAUGUUAACUGUGUGUUUACCUGAAAAGGUUGCAGGAAUUGUCGAUCGGAAAAAGAAACAGUUAUAUGCACAAUAGAAUUAAAUGACCGGAUUUAUUUUUUAAAACGUACGUGUGUAUGAUGGUAACCUAAAACAGUGUAUAGGCAGUGAUUUUUAUCUAGCGGUGGAAAAUAUCAAAACGUGACAGUAUUGUUCUUUACAAUCAGGGUCAUUGUUGUAGAGGUGUAAUUUGAGCAGGUGAUCCUCUGUAGCACUAUUCUGUGUGCAGCAUAUCAGCUUUAUUUGAGUUCAGGAUGUAUGCUAAUUGUUUAUUGCUAAUUUACAUGGUAUCAAGUGGUUACCGAUCUAAGAUGAACAUAUACAACUCAUUUUUAUAUUUAUUCAUACAAUGAAUACAAUACAUACGUAAUGAAUGUGUUGAAGCAAAAUCUACGUAUCUAUGUAGUGUGUUACCUGGUAAUUAAUAAAGCUUUUCAUUAAACACUAUUAAAAUUGACUACAGUAAUU